GCGCAGCAGAGGGAGCAUAGACCGUGAGAGAAUCAGCGGCCAGUAGACGACCAACAGCCGGACGGAACCACGACCAGAGCACGGUUUUUUUCCUUUCAAGGGGAAACGCAUUUUGGCACAACACCGGCGGCGAAAGACACUGCGCGUCUUUGUGCGCGGCCGGCGCGGCAGCUCCUCUGAGGUCUGGACUGUUGAUCCCGGAGGGACGUGGACAAACAGCUCGGCCGGAGAAAAUUCCUCCGUCUCUAAUUUCUUGGCCCCUCUCUGCUCUGGGGGUCUUGGGAACAAAGCGUGAUGUUCUCCCAGCUCUGUCCUGACACCCUCUGGGUCCUGCUGCUCGUCGGCAUCCCUGCGGCUCUCACGGCAAAAUGUCCUCAGCAGUGUGUCUGUGACCAGAUCCAGCUCACGGUGACCUGCGUCAACAGGAACCUGACCCAAGUUCCUCCUGCCGUUGACGAGAUCACAGUGAAAUUAGAUCUUCGAGGCAACGACAUCCAGGAGCUGGCCAGCGGGGCUUUCAAACACACUCCUUAUCUGACUCACCUGUCGCUGCAGCGCUGUAACAUCCGCAGGGUGAAGGAGGGCGCUUUCCGUGGCCUCGGCCGCCUGGUCUUCCUCAACCUGGCCAACAACAAUGUCGACAUACUCUACCAGGAGUCAUUCGACGGCCUGUCCUCGCUGAAGCAGCUCAUGAUCGACCGUAAUCGCGUGGAAGAGAUCCAGCCUGGAGCUUUCUCUCAGCUCGGCUUCCUCAACCUGCUCUCCCUUACGCACAACCAGCUGGUCUACAUCCCCAACAUGGCCUUCCAGGGCUUGCAGAAUAUCAAGUGGCUUCGUCUCAGCCACAACUCUCUGAACUACCUGGACACCGAGGCCUUCGCCGGUCUGUUCACGCUCACCCGUCUCAGUCUGGACCACAACGAGCUGCAGUUCUUCCCCACCGAGCCCAUGACCAGACUGCCUGAGUUGACUCGCCUCGAUAUGAGCUACAACCCAAUGACUUACCUGGGAGAGGAGGUUGUGUCCAUGGCCAAACUGACCCACCUCUUCCUGGACCACAUGUCCCUGCAAGACAUGGCCAACACAGCUGUAUCGAAAUGCCCCAGCCUCAUCCACCUGGACAUCAGCUACAACCAGCUGCGUGUCGUCCAGCCCUUCUCUGAAGGUUCACCAAAGCUGGCACGCCUCAACCUGGCUGGGAACCCCAUCUACUGCAACUGCUACUUGCGUCCACUCAGGGAGUGGUCGAUCCGGAGCAAGGUAAAGCUGAUGGGGACAUGUGGAGGACCGGCCCAUCUGUCAGGAGAGAACCUGGAGGCUGUUCACCCUCCCGAGCUGCGUUGUCAGAGCCAGGAGGCCAUGUUGAAGGCCGAGUAUGAGGAGGCAACCAGGAUCACGCCACCGCCCACACAAGUGCCAGAGAACAAGAUCAAGUGUCCCGUCAACUGCGUCUGCGAGGCCGAGACACACCACUCCUCGUGUGAGAACCGCGCUCACUCCAAAGUUCCUCGGGGUUUCUCUUCCAACACGCGUCUCCUCGACCUGCGUGGCAACCACUUCCACUACAUCCCCAGCAACAGCUUCCCCGGUGUUGCUCAGGUCGUGUCCCUACAUCUGCAGCGCUGCAAGAUCACGGAGGUGGAGGGCGGGGCUUUCAGUGGAAUGAAGGGACUGAUCUACCUGUACCUGUCGGAGAAUGACAUCACUUCCCUCAGCCCUGACGCCUUUAAAGGCCUCCCUCAGCUGACUUACCUGCACCUGGAAAAGAACCGCUUCACCGGUUUCCCCAAAGGAGCCUUCCAACUGGUUCCCAGCCUGCUGGCGCUUCACCUGGAGAACAACUCCAUCCCCAAGCUGGAGCCGGACAGCUUGACCGGAGCUGAGGGCCUCAGAGCCCUCUACCUCACCGGGAACAUCAUCAAUCAAGUGUCACCCAGGGCUCUGGACCAGGCCGGUGACCUUGAUACGCUCCACCUGGGAGGAAACAGGCUGAAGGAGGUGCCCACGGAAGCGCUGAGCAAGACGGGAAAUCUCAGAGACCUGAGGCUGUCUGGGAAUUCAAUCCGCUGGGUGGGGCCGGAUGCUUUUCGACCACUGGGGAGGUCACUGAAGGAGCUGUAUCUGGAUAACAUGGGACUGGAGAAGAUGUCACAGACCUCCCUGGCAGGUCUGAGUCCAGGGUUGAGGAGUCUCUUCCUGGAAGGCAACCACCUGGAGGAGGUGCCUGACCUUCACCCUUUUACUUCUUUGGAGGUCAUCAACCUGGCCGACAAUCCUCUGAUGUGUGACUGCCCUCUGCUGCCACUACGCAUGUGGAUUGAAAAAGUCAACCUGAAGGUACGAGCCACCUGUGCCAAUCCCCCUGAGCUGCGUGGUCGCAGGGUCAAGGACGUCCACGUCUUCAAGGCCUGUCCCGGGGGCGAGAGCCUCCCUGCUCCCCCUACCGCCACCCCGAAGCCCGCCAAGGCGCCCAAGGCCACCAAACCCAAACCAAUGCACCUCAACAGUCUUCGGCAGGUCAAAAUGCUCAGAGCCAAAUCCAAACUUCGCAAAAGUCUGAACACAAAACCGUCAGUAGCCAAGAAAACCACCAAGAGAGGCAGCAUGGCUUGA